CUCGCAGCCUUGGCGGCCCCGGCGGGCCCGCCGCUGUCCCCCACCCGCCCCCGGCCCCCCGAUGACGGCCGCGGGGUCCCGGACCGUGUGGACGGGAUCCGGCGCUUUCGGUUCUCGGAGCAGCCGGGCUUGGGCUCCGGAGGGGCGGUGCUGGAGGUUUGCAUCCCGCAGGUCCUGCACCACCAAUAUGGAAUGUAUGUUUGGCCCUGUGCUGUAGUGCUGGCCCAGUAUCUGUGGUUCCACAGAACAUCUCUGCAGAGCAAAGCUGUCUUAGAGAUCGGGGCUGGAGUGAGCCUGCCAGGAAUCGUGGCUGCCAAGUGUGGUGCUGAAGUGACCCUGUCUGACAGUUCAGAGCUGCCUCACUGUCUUGAAAUCUGUCGCCAGAGUUGCCACCUGAACCACCUGCCCCAGGUGCUUGUGGUAGGACUAACCUGGGGUCACAUAACCAAGGAGCUGCUUGACCUCCCACCACAAGACAUUAUUCUUGCUUCCGAUGUUUUCUUUGAACCGGAAGACUUCGAAGAUAUUUUAACUACAGUUUAUUUCUUGAUGCAAAAGAAUCCUAAGGUCCAGUUCUGGUCUACUUACCAAGUUAGAAGUGCUGACUGGUCACUUGAAGCUCUGCUCUACAAAUGGGACAUGAAAUGUGUUCACAUUCCUCUUCAAGUGUUUGAUGCAGACCAAGAAGACCUAGCUGAAUCUGCUCUUCCAGGCAGACACACCAUUGAAAUGAUGGUCAUCUCCUUGGCCAAAGAGCCUGGGAACUGUGCCUGAUGCGGGGUGAUGUCCCCUACCCCUGUGUCCACUCUGGGCCCUGAGCUGUCUGUUGUCUUUCAGCUAGUGGGAAGCUGAGGAGGACUUGAACAUGCCUCAAAUCAUUGAUGUGCCAAUAAAGUUGUUACCCUUCA